CGUCGUUCCCCAGGUGGAGGCCUGACACGCAAGAAGGCGGUACUGCGCACACACAGGUCUGUUCUGUGGCUACCUGGCCGUCAUGUCUCCCCUUGCCCCGGGCUGCGGGUCCCUCCGAUCCGCGCUGAUGCUCCCGCUGAUGGUGCUGUUGUUGCAGCUCGGUCUGUCCCGGGGCCUGUACUUCCAUAUCGGGGAGACGGAGAAACGUUGCUUCAUUGAGGAGAUCCCGGAUGAGACGAUGGUAAUAGGGAACUACAAGACUCAGCUUUGGGAUAAACAGGCAGAAACCUUCCUUCCUUCUACCCCAGGCCUGGGUAUGCAUGUCGAGGUGAAGGACCCCGAUGGGAAGGUCAUUCUCUCCAGGCAGUAUGGAUCAGAGGGACGCUUCAUCUUUACAUCUCACACCCCAGGGGAACACCAGAUCUGUCUGCACUCAAACUCGACAAGAAUGUCUCUGUUCGCUGGAGGAAAACUGCGAGUUCAUUUAGACAUCCAGAUUGGAGAACACACCAAUAAUUACCCUGAGAUUGCAGCAAAGGACAAGCUGACAGAAUUACAACUCCGAGUCAGACAGCUGCUGGAUCAAGUGGAGCAAAUUCAAAAGGAGCAGAACUACCAGAGGUACCGCGAGGAGAGGUUCCGCCUAACCAGCGACAGCACUAACCAACGGGUCCUCUGGUGGUCCAUCACCCAGACUGUCAUCCUCAUCCUCACUGGCAUCUGGCAAAUGAAACAUCUGAAGAGCUUUUUUGAGGCCAAGAAACUUGUGUGAAGCAUCUACCUCUGUCCCCAACUUUAUACUGUACCCCCUGCACAUACAGAAACAAUCCUGGCUGCACCCACACCCCC